AUGGGUGAUGCAGGCGUGCCCGAGAAGGGCAUCAGAAUUGCCAUUGAUCGAGGUGGUACCUUCACAGAUUGUGUAGGCAAUCCUGGAACAGGCCGUAUGGAGGAUGAUAUCGUCAUCAAGUUGUUAUCUGAAGAUCCUCAAAACUACGAAGAUGCCCCGCUAGAAGGCAUAAGACGGCUCAUGGAGAAAUUCACUAACACAGAAAUACCUCGAGGUAAAGCUCUAGACACGACGAAAAUCGAGAGUAUACGCAUGGGCACGACAGUAGCGACCAAUGCGCUUCUCGAGAGGAAGGGUGAGAAGAUGGCUAUGGUCGUUACGAAAGGCUUCAAGGAUUGUUUGGAAAUUGGCAAUCAGUCACGGCCCAAGAUUUUCGACCUGGCCAUUCGUCGACCGGAUGUGCUUUACCAAAAAGUCAUUGAGGUUGACGAACGUGUUACGCUGGAGGACUAUGCUGAGGACCCAGCUCGGAAUCAGACCAAGACAGACGCCAAGCAUACCGAAUCUGAGAACAACGAACUGGUGCAAGGGCUCUCGGGUGAAGCUGUUCGUGUCCUCCAGCGGCCGGACGAAGCAAAAAUCAAGGAAUCAUUAAAACAGCUCUACGACGAAGGGUUUCGCAGCAUAGCAGUGUGUUUGAUGCACGGGUACACUUUUCCAGUGCAUGAAGCCCUGGUAGGAAAGGUAGCGCAAGAGAUUGGCUUUGAACAUGUCAGUCUGAGUCACGAACUGAUGCCCAUGAUCAAGCUUGUACCUCGAGCGACGUCAGCCUGUGCCGAUGCUUACCUGACUCCUGCUAUCAAGAAGUACAUCGCGGGUUUCGAAGCUGGCUUCGAAGGUGGUCUUGGUACUGAAGCCACGAAACAGGCAAGUGGUGAGAAGGCAGCGCGAUGUGAAUUCAUGCAAUCGGAUGGUGGUCUGGUCGAUGUUGACAAGUUUUCGGGACUCAAGGCUAUUUUGUCAGGUCCAGCUGGAGGUGUAGUAGGAUAUGCUCUGACUUCAUAUGAUCCAGAGACAAAAACCCCAGUCAUCGGCUUCGAUAUGGGCGGUACCAGCACAGACGUCAGCAGAUAUGGAUCUGGAAGAUACGAACACGUUUUUGAGACGACAACUGCCGGUGUUACUAUCCAAUCGCCACAGCUCGACAUCAAUACAGUAGCUGCUGGAGGUGGCUCGAGGCUCUUCUUCCGCAAUGGCUUGUUUGCUGUAGGACCAGAAUCAGCUGGUGCUCAUCCAGGCCCCGCCUGUUACCGCAAAGGAGGACCUCUAGCCAUUACUGAUGCCAACUUGUUCCUAGGUCGAUUACUCCCAGACUUCUUCCCUAAAAUCUUUGGUAAGAACGAAGAUGAAGGGCUAGAUCCUGAAGCAAGCAAAAAGCUCUUCGAAGACUUGACGAAAGAGAUCAAUAGCAAGACUGGCAAGAGCAUGUCAGCAGAUGAGGUAGCUUACGGCUUCAUCAAAAUCGCCGAUGAGACGAUGACACGCCCAAUUCGAUCAUUAACAGAAGCGAAAGGACACGACACAUCAAAACACAGGCUGGCCACGUUCGGUGGUGCAGGAGGUCAGCAUGCUGUCGCUAUAGCGGAGUCCUUGGGUAUUCGUCAAGUCCUGGUCCACAGGUAUUCUUCCGUGCUCUCGGCAUACGGUAUGGCUCUAGCUGAUGUGGUCGAUGAGUCGCAAGUGCCCGAAUCCGAGAUAUGGAAAGACGAAGAUGACAAGGUGAAGAAAUCCUUGGGCAGCAAGAUAGACGAGCUCAAACAACGUUCUGGCAAGCGACUCAAAGAGCAAGGCUUCGACGAUGACUCCGUCGAGUUCGAAGAAUACCUCAACAUGCGAUACCGUGGCACAGAAUCAGCUCUCAUGAUCGUCAGACCUUCAGAGUCUGAAUCCAAGAACAAUUUCGGAGGCGACAACUUCGCAUUCGGCAAAGCCUUCGUAGCUCAGCACGAGCAAGAAUUUGGAUUCACCCUCCCAGACCGAGACAUCAUAGUCGACGACGUCCGCGUCCGAGGAAUAGGCAAGUCCUUCCGUGGCAUGUCCAAAACAGCAGACCAGCAGCUCAAAGAAAUCAAGCAGAAAGACAUUGACCAAUCCAAAGCAUACUCAACCUCGGACGUCUACUUCGACGGCGGCCGACGAAAGACACAAAUCUACAAGCUCGAGGACGCCGAUGUAGGCGACCGCAUCACAGGCCCAGCAAUCAUAGCCGACGGCACUCAAACCAUCGUCAUCCCUCCUGGCGCCGCAGCAAUUAUCAUCGAAACACACGUUGUAAUCAAUAUCGGCGAUUCAAACUCCUCCAACAACCAACAGGUCUCAACCGAAAAGGCCGACCCGAUCCUCCUAUCCAUCUUCGCACACCGCUUCAUGGCCAUCGCCGAACAGAUGGGUCGUGCCCUCCAAAAGACAAGCGUCUCAACCAACGUCAAAGAACGCCUAGAUUACUCCUGUGCCCUCUUCGACAGUAUAGGCGGACUCGUCGCCAACGCACCACAUCUCCCCGUCCAUCUCGGCUCAAUGUCAACCUGUGUCCGAACACAAGCGCAGAUCUGGAAAGGUAAGCUCAAAAAGGGAGACGUUCUGGUUUCUAACCACCCUGAAUACGGCGGCACACACUUGCCGGAUAUCACGGUCAUCACACCCGCAUUCGCACCAGUAGGAAAGAACGGCGAAGAAGAGAUUCUCUUCUAUGUUGCUUCACGUGCUCACCAUGCCGAUAUUGGCGGUAUUCUUCCUGGCUCUAUGCCUCCGCACAGUCGCGAACUCUACCAGGAGGGCGCGGCGAUCAAGUCUGAACUUCUCGUUCACCAGGGACAGUUCGAUGAGAAGCGUAUCACGGAGCUCUUGUAUGAUGAGCCGGCGCAGUAUCCUGAUUGUAGCGGCACGAGAUGUUUGGCGGACAACCUCAAUGAUCUGAAGGCACAGAUUGCGGCAAACAAGAAAGGUAUCACGUUGAUCGAGAGUCUGAUUGAGGACUAUGGACAAAAGGUCAUCGCAUUCUACAUGAAGCAGAUCCAGGAGAAUGCUGAGCAGAGUGUGCGUAGUCUGCUCAAGGAAGUGCAUAAGCGUUUUGAGGGUAAGGACUUGCAUGCAGUUGAUUACAUGGACGAUGGAAGUCCGAUUGAGCUGAGGAUCACAAUAGAUGGGGAGAAGGGUGAGGCAGUUUUCGACUUUGAGGGGACUGGACCGGAGGUAUAUGGAAAUGUCAAUGCGCCGGAAGCGGUGACAUACAGUGCUAUCAUAUACUGUCUGAGAUGUCUCAUUGACCAGGACAUACCUCUGAAUCAGGGCUGUCUGAAGCCGGUCAAGGUUCAAAUACCGAAGGGUAGCUUUCUGAGUCCGAGCGAGAAGGCGGCAGUGGUAGGUGGUAAUGUGCUGACGAGUCAGAGAGUGACGGAUGUUGUGUUCAGGUGUUUCGAGGCAUGUGCCGCAAGUCAAGGCGAUUGCAACAAUCUGACGUUCGGUUUCGGUGGCAAUCUGGUGUCAAAGGACAGUAAAGAUGGACAGAAAGAGCAAGUGAAAGGGUUUGGGUAUUAUGAGACUAUUGCAGGUGGAAGCGGAGCUGGUAAGGACUGGGAAGGUACUAGUGGUGUGCAUACUCACAUGACGAACACGAGAAUCACAGACGCGGAGGUCUUCGAGAGACGUUACCCUGUAAUCCUCCGAGAAUUCGGCCUGAGAGCCGGAAGUGGUGGUAACGGUCAGCAUAGGGGCGGUGACGGAGUGAUAAGAGACAUCGAGUUCAGGAUUCCUGUACAAGUCAGCAUCCUCAGUGAGAGAAGAGUGUAUAGACCCUAUGGUUUGCAUGGUGGAGAAGACGCACAAUGCGGCAAGAAUAUCUGGGUGCGAAAGGUGAAGAAGGCAAAGAGUAAGGGUAGUGGUGGAGAGCAUGAAGGUCAAAGGAGGGAAGACAAAGAGGAUGAUGUCGAACAAUUUGAGGAGAGGAGAAUCAGUAUGGGUGCAAAGAACACUGCAAACAUGCAGCCAGGAGAGAGGAUAAUUGUGAUGACUCCAGGCGGAGGUGGAUAUGGCAAAGCUGGUGAAAAGAGCCAAGUCGACCUUAAAGAGGACUAUGAAAAGAAUUGGAAAAAGGGUAGUCUGGCGAACCGGCUAGCCGAAUGGGAAAGCAGCUCGUAG